AUGCCUCGCAGCAAGCUGCCCUUUCGAUCGAGCUCUGUCAAGGCCAUGGGCUCCAGCCUCUUCUCCCGAGGCCGUCGCGAAGAUGCACACAAGGAUAUGAUGAAGCAAUCGGGCGAGCCACGGCGUCGUCGGGCGUCUAUUUCGGCGGGCGAGCGGCCGACUCCGGAAUUCCAGCGGCAAUCUGUGGCGAAAGAUUCCAGGUCGCACCAGGAGGUUCAGAGGCCGACGAUGCCGCCCCCAUCGGCUUCAUCCAGCAGGGCUCGAAGCCCGCCACGACGGGAGUCCUUGUCUCGAGGGUCUGUAUCGCCUCAUUCUCGCCAGAGAGCAUCCGGCAGUGGAGAUGCUCGCCGCAGCCACCAGUCCCGAUCGCCUCCUCGACGACGAUAUUCCUCUUCGGAAAUUCCUCGACCACGAGAGAUGGCGCACCAACCUCAGUCGCCGGCACCUUCACGAUCGCAACGGAGUGGCAGCCAUGAACGGCGUGACCGACAUGGAUAUGGCGGUGCAGUGGCUACAGGCGUACCUCCGUCCUCUCCACAUCUUGCUCCCAAAUCUGAAUUAUACAACUCCUCAAGUUCAAGGGAGGCUCGGCAGGAGGCCCGACGAUACCCGCCUUCAGCAUCGGCGAAUAAUAGACCGCAGCCUGCGAAGCGAGGCAGCUCUCCCUAUCAGAGACCGUCUACAACAUCUGAUAACAAACAUCGCUCCGCUUCCGCAGAUGGCUACGAUAGGAACUCUCAUUCUCAGCAAAGCUCUUCCCAACACCCAACCUCGCCGCCUCGCCGUCCGAAGCACGAGCGCAGAGGCUCAGACAGCUUCUUCAGCAAAUUCCCAACUUCAUUUGCGACAUAUGCGGGAAUCCGAGCGCUGUCGGAGCAUGCCGACAAGGCUAAAGAAUGGGUUGAGUGGUUCAACGACGUAAACGACGCCCCGGACGAGAUCCGCGCUCUCUCUACUCGGAUAUCCACCACGCGUGACACUAUCCAGCAAAUGAAAGAGUGCCUAGAGGCCAGGCCAGACCUUAUUGAGGACGAAUCAGGACAGGUCCUCAAGUCUCAUAUUGAAGACGCCAUCGAGAGCACCAGUGAGACAUUGAAAAAAAUGACGAAAUUACUGGCGAGUUUUUCUGGAGCUGCCAAGCAAGACAGCACAGCUCUUGGACGCUUGGAAGGCUUUUGGCAUUCAUACAAUUAUAAGAAUGAGGGUGAGGAGCAGAUCAAAGCCGCCGAUGCUGAGUUGCAGCAACAGUUGUUGCAACUUGGUACUCUCAUGUCCAAUAUCUACGCGUUCGUACAUCACUCUUCCCUCAUUUACUUGGCAAUACUAACAAGCAGCAGUCGAGCUUUGAAAAGACCAUCACCAGGCAUCGCCACACCGAAUGCAUCUACACCCCCUCAAACGGCGGCAAGGAUGAAUCCAACGCUAAACACAUCAAUACCGAUGCAGCAGCCGGCAACUUCAAUACCCAACCGACCUCCUCCAUCACCGCAAUUGUCCCCCAAAUCCAAAGGGCAAUUUGAGGCAACUGGGAAUCUUCCAAAAGUCGUCCCAAAUCCGCCGACUCCUCCGCGCUCAGAACCAUCAGUUGAUCAGCCUCAGUCCCAUGGCUCUGCCAAUACAAGCACAACGGGACUUGAUCCGCGUAACACAACUUCACUUCCGAAUCCAAAAGAUAUCUUGCUGGAUGCUGCUUGGGAAGGUGACGUCAAAACUGUGGCCAACUGCAUGCGUCAGGCCCCCCCCGACUCAUGCGAUCCUCAUGGACUGACACCACUGCAUCUCGCUGUCGAGCGUGACCACAUGGCCGUCGCCAUGUAUCUUCUUGAUCAUGGCGCAAAUGUUCACGCUCGUGCUGACGGUGGCUGCAUGCCUCUUCACUUGGCAGCGCGUUAUUCGACUGCUGCCACAGUAGAGAUGCUUAUCGAGCGCGGCAAGGCUGAUCCCAACUGCCAGACCACUGAUGGAAGGACGCCACUUCAUUAUGCUGCUCGAUCUGCCGAGGAUGGAGAUGCGGAGCGACGAGAAGUGAUUCGCGCAUUACGCGAUUUAGGAGCCAAUCCUACGAUCCGGAAUAGGAGAGGCGAAUUGGCUAGAGAUGUGGCUAAGAAGAGAGAGUACUGGGAUGCGGCUGCAACACUGAGCAGAGCUGAACAGAGGUGGGAGCAACGGCAGCAGCAGGAGUUACACAAGCAGCAACAGCAACAACAACGAGAACAACAGCAGAGGGAACUACAGCAGAGAGAACAACAGCAGAGGGAACAACAGCAGAGAGAACAACAGCAGAGGGAACAGCAGCUGCAAGAACAACAGCAGAGAGAACAGCAACAGCGAGAACAACAGCAGAGAGAACAACACCAACUCAGAGAAGAAGCCAUGAGAAGCACAAGAGAGAGCAAUCCACCGAAAAAGGAGGGCGGUUGGCUGCAAAGGUACAGGCGAAAGAAAUAA